CGCUGAAAUGAGGAACAAAGGCCUUAUCUCUCGUCUCUGGAAUUCUCUGGCUCAACUGUUCUGAUCCUCAGUUUUUUUUAGAGAGAGAAAGCGGGCUCUAGGUCUAGAGAGAGACUAAGAGAAAAAAAAAUGGACCUUGGUGAUUCAUACAGAGCAAUGGAGGUUCAGUACAUACGUAGGCACCACAAGCAUCAGCCCAGAGAAAACCAGUGUACAUCUGCUCUGGUCAAGCACAUCAAAGCUCCUGUUCAACUCGUAUGGUCGCUUGUUAGGAGAUUUGAUCAACCCCAGAAGUACAAGCCGUUUGUUAGUAGAUGCAUCAUGAAGGGGGACCCGGGUAUUGGAAGUGUUAGAGAGGUGAAUGUUAAAUCUGGGCUUCCUGCUACAAUAAGCACCGAAAGGUUGGAGCUACUUGACGAUGAGCAGCACAUUCUCGGCAUCAAGAUUGUUGGUGGUGAUCACAGGCUAAGGAAUUACUCUUCAAUUGUAACUGUUCAUCCUGAGGUUAUUGAAGGGAGGCCAGGAACAUUGGUUGUAGAAUCCUUUGUUGUGGACGUCCCUGAAGGAAACACCAAGGACGAGACAUGUUUCUUUGUUGAGGCCUUGAUCAGGUGCAACCUUAAAUCGUUGGCUGAUGUCUCUGAGAGGAUGGCUAUUCAGGAUCAAACCGAACCUAUCAACCAAUAGUGGAUACAGGGGUGGGCACAGGAGCUCAUGACUACAGCUAGGCUUUUUGAUCUCAGAUAGGUAGGACGUCCCUCCAAAAUUUUGGAGUUUUGGCUAUACUGCUGGAUUUUAUAUUUCUCUUGUGGAGAUCCUUCAACUCUCUUUCCAUUCCCAUCUGCUCUGGCGUUGUCUUCCUCACUGUGAAAAAGUGCUGCUGGGUUUACAUCUUUGAGUAUCAGAUGGAUGAGCUUUUGUUCAAAUAGGCGAUCCGAGAAAUGGAAAUAUGGAUUUCUUGUGACUUAAUUGUGCUUGGUGCUACCAACCUUGCUAUGGCUUUUGAUCUGUAAAUAGUGUUGGAACUAUAUGGUACCUAGGAACACUGGGGUUUUCAUCUUGUAGGUUGCCGGAGAAAUUCACUUGGAGAAGCCACUUCUGUUAUGUGUUGUUUGUUUUGUAUAUACUAUACUCUUAAUAAAUUAUUGUAAUUGCUUUAAUUUUGUUCCACCGUUCGUUUGUUGGAUCUCUUAUGAAUCUUUCCUUUUAAAGGGGCGUUUCACUGAAAUAUGAAAAUUCUAAUUUUGUUGCGA